AUGAAAGAGACACUACGCUUGCAGUUUGGUACAGCAGCCACGACAAUUGGUACACAAUGGUUGGCAUUACAAGAAGCCAAUGGAAUUACAACGAAGCCUCAUGUUUUGUCAUUUGAGGCUAAAGGUCGCGUCCGAAGACAAGUUCAAGCAGUUCCUAAACAGCAUAAAGACCACACAACGUGGGAUGGAGGGCUACAAGUGUAUGACCAGUUAUUACGAGCUGAACCAAUGGUGGAUGAUGGACUCUGGAGCUGGAAAAGACUCCAGGAGCAUAACCUCGUGGAGGUGGAUGAGUUUCGCUCACAUAUGCCUCUGCAUAAUUUCUACGAAGGUCACGCAGUUUCUAAUGGAGGAAAUAUUGGAAUUAAGACGUUAGAAGACGUAGAAGAUCGAGUGCGGACGCUUUUAGAGGCUUGUGACCAAUUGAGAUUGGUACAGGGUCUAGUGGAUAUGGACUCGUCAUGGGGAGGUCUGGCGCAUGAGGUGCUGACAUAUGUCGCAGAAGAGUGCCCAGGUGUUGUGAUUAUGAUGGUGGGCAAUGAUUGGAGCUAUCCGAUGGCGACUGACGACGACGAUGCAAUCUUUCGCGUUGCACCUAUUGUGCGAGAUCAAACAAAGAUUGAGGCGAGAAAGAGAAUCAAUAUUGCGUCAUCCGUGGCAUUACUUUCUGAGGUAUCACAUUUGGUAUUACCUCUGGCGAUGUCGUCUAGCUCUCUGCCAAGCACAAGAUGUCCUCAGCUUCGUUUUGACCGGUCGAGCUGUGCUGACGUUAGUACUGUUGUCGCCACUGCAUUGGAGCUAUCAUUAUCAACGCACCGAGGCCGAUCACUGUAUGAUAUCAUGGAAGGAGUUCGACCCAGCAUGAAAGUUGUAGAGUUGUUUGCAUCGUUCCCGCAUAUGACUGAUCCAACGAUGCUCAAGAGUAUCAGCGACAGCAUCACCAAUGAAGUGAACGGUCACAGUACAGUGACCGGGCAUUCGCUCCAUAGGUGCUCGUUCCUUCCAUCCAUUCAACAGCCCCCUGGACUUCAAGUCAACGAAGACAAAACCGGCAAGACGUACUACCAACGUCUCCAUUUUCGUGGAGCAUUCACGGCUUACUCAUCUCUGCGCUCCUCCAUCGACAACUUUUCCAUAUCAACCCGUAAUAUUGCGUUACAUUGGUCUGACACUUCACCUCUCAAGCUGCCAGCAACCUACCGUCUUCCGACGCUGCAAAACUCGUCUGUUGAUGCAAUAUCUGCAUUCGCUCUUUCCAGCCGAACAGGAGAUUACUUGCAUACGAUUGCGCAACUUGCGUCCAAGAGUCACAAACGUACGUUGUUUGAGUUCAUACGUGCUGGUAUGAGUUUUGAUGCGCUUGAAGAAUUAGACGCGACAUUAGCAACCAUGGGUGAUGCGUACUAUACUCAAUAA